AAUUCAUAAGGGUCGCCCCCGAAGAAAUGCCGACGGAACGACGGGAGAGAGCUCACGUCCCCCCCUCCUAAGUUCUCCUCCUCCACGGCAUCCCACACAGGUCCCAGCGCAGUUGCCAGUAUACAUUAUACCAUGUGGCUCUCGCGGUAGCAGUGCCCGAGACAUGACUUCAACUCCGUACGUCCAGCGGACCAUCCCUGGCGCCUUGAUCUCAGUGUGGAUGUUCCUGCUGCCCUGCGUGGCUUUCGGAGAAGAAAAUCCAUGUAUUCCACAGCACCACACCAUCAUCGAUGACUUCAGACGACAUCCGGAUUACAUCUCACCCUCACCUAAAGAGUACAUCUGUGACAAAUCACUACGACCAGGAUGGUACCGGUUCCUGAUCAACGGGUCCGACGCAGUUGUCCCAACAACAUGUCCCAACGUGACAACAUGUGGAACUCAGGCACCAAUUUGGAUCAGACUGAACAACGAAACUCUAGAAGAAAACAAAGAAAUCACAGGUGAAGCCUGUGCCGCGUGGAUCUUUCCUUCCACGACAACCCGAAUUUGCUGUAUCCUGAAGAGUCCGGCUAGAAUUCGAAACUGUGGGGCUUUCCUGGUGUACCACAUCCGGGGCAUGAACGGUUGUAACCUCUCGUACUGCGCCGUUCCACAGCAGGACGACGCCACGAAAAGAGAUGGCGCUAUAGCAGCGAAGCCGCCAAAGGUGAGGAUCCGACCUCGUGUUCGAGGAACUUCCAUAUGGCUAUUCUGUAGAGGGACGCCAACGUCAGGGCUGAGCUACAACAUCAGCUGGUACAAGCACCCUACGAGGCACAGCAGGAUUCGUUUGAAGGACCUGCGCGAUUUAGAUGAACCAGUGGACCGCCUACUGGUGUCGCCGAUUAUUCUCGGUACAGAGGUGUCGUGUUCCGUGGUGGGAUACAAUAAGAGUUCGGAAGCAGAGCAAAGUUAUAGCGCAAUGAGCAAACUGUAUUUUGUUGGAAUUACGGCUACAUCGAAUCAGGUAAACCUGGCUGAAAACGAAGGACCAAUUUCCAUUAAGUUUGUUUCUACAAUCCCUUUGUUCUGUCCGCCGAGAUCUUCAACUGCAGACUGCCACAUGCGGUUGUCGCUUUCUCAACGACCUUUAAGGAAAAGAUCCUCAUCCAGGGUGGCCUUAUCGAAAUGUGAGGUUCCACUGAAGCUGGAGGGCUGUUCGAGGCGUUGUACACUGGCUUACAUCAAUAUUACUGCACCCCUCGACUAUACAGACGAACAACAUUUCAGCAGCGUUAUCGAAGGCCAUGUAUCCAGCAGAGGACUAUCCUUGUGGGAGGGCCACAAAAUUCCACCACUAAAGGUCCGAGUGAAUGGCCUCCCUACCGGACGCUGCUAUUCGUUCGCUGGGGUAAGGUACACGUCGUACAACGGCACAAGCGUAUUCGGAAGCAUUAACGGAACCUUCUUGCUUCAUAAGAGCGCCACACAUAACUGCGAGAUACAAGUGCAAACGCAGCGAUGCUAUAAAACUCAGGUCCAGUUAUGUACUUGCGGUUUAAUUGUGAAGGAUGAAAAUUCCAUAGUGAAAAUCGACAUGUGCCAGAGCAUUCACGAAGUACCUUCGGUAGUGACCUUUGAUCUGGCUGGGGGGAAGUCGUCCAUUAGCAUACUGGGAUUACACGAAGGCCGGUUUCUGUUGGUGAAACUUACGUCCGGAGGGUUCAUCCAGAUUAUACUAGAAAAAUGGGGAAUGGCAUACCUUUUAACCGUUCCCGGAAUGAAGGCGUCAGAUAUCCGAGGCAUCUGCAGUUAUGAUGCUGAAGAAGAUGGCGAUCCUGAUGCGUUCCUGCAGAGAAUGAAGUUACCGGACAAACACAACCUCUUCCACAACCUACCUACUAAAGUGGAGCCAAAGCCCGAGCAAGUAUUUUGCACCUGCGCGCAACCAAAGCAAAGCAGAAGAUCAAGCUCAAGCUCACACACGAGGCAUUCGGCCCAAGGAAGCACUGAGAGGUGCGUGGUGCCUCACCAUGAGCUCCCAGAGAUCUUCAUAAAUGCAACUGACGUAACGUCUAAAUAUCAGUUCAACGAGACGCUUUACUUGAACGAGGAGUUUGAAAACGAGGUUGCAAAAGCUGGCAAAACAGGCGAUGACAGCCAUCAUCACCGAGGUCUCAAGUUCUACGAGAUCGAAAGACAUAGGGAACAGCGCACACCCAGAGGAGACAUUCCAGCAGGACUUGUAUGGUUGAAAGGGAGUGUGCAAGACAUGCAGAACGGUACCCUGAAUUGGCCAACGCCCAGUGGCCUUACUGAGCAUCACGUUCGUGACCUGUGCCUGGAGACCAUAAGGAACGGAACGACAUCCGAAAACUGUACCGAAUAUAUCGAAGCUCAUAUGGAAGACAUAUUGAAGAUUUGCAUGACUGAUGUGACGUUGCUGGAUGAUCCCCUCUGGGCGGUUCACUCAGUUUCUCUUAUCGAGAUGAAAUGUGAGGAGGAAGUUGCUUUGGGUGUUGAUCCAAAGGUCGCCUUGGCCAAUCCAUUUGAGGUGAUGGCAAGUAUUGGGUGCCCCAACGACUGCAGCGGUCAUGGGGUAUGCAAUGGUCGAGAAUGCAUCUGCGAUGAUGGGUAUGCUGGUGCCGACUGCAGACAAAAAGAAAGUUUCGCGCCUGAAGCCAUUGCCACUGAUGGAAUAUGCGAUACCAAAACGUCAGGGUGCGAUGUUGCUACUGUUUAUGGGAGGGACUUUCGCCAUUUUCCGACACUAUCUUGUAUUGCGACGCAAGUUAAGUUAGACAAGGAGAACUCCUGGACUCCGGCACAGCGAAGCAUGACAACGUCGGCAAUGUUCUCCAGCAGCUCUGCUGUUGACUGCUCACUUCCAGAUCGGUCAUUCUUGUCGGAUUCUGGAGUUGCCGGGCACACGACUUGGGAGCUUAAGGUCAGCAACGACAACAUCCUUUUCAGUGACCCCGUGUACAUUACAAUAUUCGACUCUUCUUGCGAAGACUGCAUGAUAGUGGAUGGUCGUCCCAAAUGUCACCUACAGGACAGGAGGUGUUUGAUCGAUGGGGCUUGUUAUGAAAACGGUGAACCACACCCUAAAGAUUUCUGUCUGGCAUGCCUGGCCGAAACAUCAACAGAGCGAUGGUCACAUAAUCCAGACAAUGGUGCACCUCAGUUUGUUGAUCCCCCCGAAGGGUUGACAGUUCUGUCAGGGCAACCGUUCACGGCACAGCUAAGUGGGACAGACCCCGAUGGCAUACCACCAUACUUCCGGCUUGACGCAUCGGCCCCAGCGGACGUUUCCAUUACGUAUGAUGGUCUCUUGUCCGGUCGCACAGUUAGUGACAAAAAUCUCACCUAUCCCGUUGACGUCAUUGUGUUUGACGAAUGUGACCUGGAAACACAGCACAGCCUCAAGGUUAACGUUAUUGCAUGUCCUUGCUUAAACGGCGGGACAUGUGAGAACUGGACGGAUCCUUCUCAACUGGCCUUCGACAUUGUCUACUGCACAUGCCUGCCGUCGUUCACUGGAAAAUGGUGCGAUGUAUCUGUGGACCCAUGUCAAUCAAACCCAUGCGUGACUGGACAGUGUGUCAUGAAAGAUCGCAACACAUUUCACUGCUUGUGUCCUGAUGGUUUUGGAGGAGAACUAUGUCAGAUCCCCGCGGAUCCUUGCUUGUCCAGUCCAUGCGGUCAUGGUGAAUGCAUGUCACGGGCUCGUUCAGUACAUUGUGUCUGUGACUCUGGAUACACAGGCGAAUAUUGUGAUACAGUUAUUGAUCCUUGCGUGCCAAACCCAUGCUUCAACAAUGGCCAAUGUCUUUCCAAGGGUCUUCAUUUUCUCUGUCAGUGUGAGUGGGGAUACAGAGGAGUACAUUGCGAGAAUCUCAUUGAUCCAUGCACAUCCAACCCUUGCUAUCCUGGCGUUACCUGCAACCCUAUUGGGAAGUACUUCUUCUGUGGACCCUGUCCAGAUGGAUUUGAAGGAAAUGGGACUGUCUGCGAGGAGCUGGAAAGUAACGUAACCACAGAACCUACGACCACAGAAGUAACUGAAGUUAGUGAGGUUACCGAAACGACCGUUGUGACAUACCCACAGUUGUCGUGUGAGUCGUACAGCCCUUGUUACCCUGGCGUCGAAUGCAAUACAAUGGGAGACAACUACAUUUGCGGCCCGUGUCCACGCGGAAUGUCUGGCGAUGGCUUCAGCUGCAAAGCCGUCUGCGACAGGCGGUGUCUCAACGGAGGUGUAUGCACGGAUCGUGGUGUUUGCAGAUGUCCUUUCGGUUACUCCGGAGAAUAUUGCGAGCGUGUUGUCUGCUCCCCUCCUUGCGAAAACGGUGGAAUAUGCCUGGGCAGGAAUCGGUGCAAGUGUCCAGCUGGACUUUCUGGAGCAUGGUGCACUCAAAGUGACUGUUCCAAGCAGUGCCUUCACGGUGGUGUAUGUUCUGGGCCUGAGACGUGUACCUGCCCGCCUAACUGGACAGGUCGAUGGUGUCAGGAUCCUGUGUGCAACCCACCAUGUGUCAACGGCGGCAUUUGUGUUGAACCUCAGCAGUGUCUCUGCCCCUUGGGCGUUUCUGGAGUGGUUUGUAGCAUUAGCGAGUGCAUCCCACCAUGUAUGAAUGGCGGACAGUGCUUGAGGCCUGGUGUGUGCAAGUGCCCGAAAGGAUGGAUGGGAAGACAAUGCACGAAGCCGCUGUGCGACCCAAUGUGUCUCAAUGGAGGAAAAUGCGUCAAACGAAACAAAUGUUCCUGUCCAGAUGGCUGGAAUGGACGGCGAUGCCAUAAACCCAUGUGUGUUCAGAGCUGUCACAAUGGUGGGACCUGCGUUAAGCCCAAUAUUUGCGACUGUGCACCUGGGUUUCACGGGUCAGAUUGCUCCAAAGUGUUGUCAAGUCGCCUCCUUCUAGAGCGUUGGCAUCGAGACAGUCAUCUGCACAAGCGGUCACAUCAUAAGGCGCGCAUAUAUUCACGGCACUCAUCGCAAUCAUGCUAAAAGGAGGUAACUGCGAACAAAUGUCACCACUUCCUUACUGCCUUGGAUGAAGCAUUGCAUUCUCCAUUCAGUCGAAUCAUUUUCCCAGGCUUUACUAAAUGUGUUUCCUUCGUGCAAAUAAAAUCAUCGUGUA